CACUCACCUGCCUCGCGAUGGUGUAACACUGCCACACGGCAUGGCGGCGGCCACCGUCACUUCCAGCUGCCGCGACUGUUCCACGUCCAAUUCCACUGCGAGCUCCGCGCACCUGCGCCUCGACGAGGACGACGAACUUUUGCACUACAUUUGGAGUGAAUAUUUACAUCCGAAGCAGUAUGAAUGGGUCUUGAUAGUAGGAUACGUCAUUGUGUUCCUGUGCUCGCUGGUCGGUAACGCUUUAGUUUGUUUUGCAGUGUGGAAAAACCAUCAUAUGCGCACAGUGACCAACUACUUCAUUGUGAACCUGUCCUUUGCUGACAUCCUGGUCACUAUUACUUGCCUUCCCGCCAGUCUCGUAGUGGACAUCACAGAAACAUGGUUCUUCGGAGAGACACUCUGUCGGAUUUUACCUUAUUUACAGACAAUCUCUGUGUCUGUAUCAGUGCUGACCCUCAGUUGCAUUGCCCAGGAUCGGUGGUAUGCUAUCUGCCACCCUCUAAAGUUCAAGAGCACUGCGAAGCGAGCCCGCAGGAGCAUCAUCCUGAUCUGGUUGGUGUCUUGCGUGAUCAUGAUUCCUCAGGCUGUUGUUAUGGAGUGUACCAGCCUUCUGCCUGAGCUGCUUCCUGAGCUCACCAACAAGACGGUCCUCUUUACUGUGUGUGACGAACACUGGGGAGAUGAAAUCUACCCCAAGGUCUACCACACCUGCUUCUUUAUUGUUACCUAUUUUGCCCCUUUGUGCCUGAUGGUCCUGGCAUAUAUCCAGAUCUGUCAGAAACUCUGGUGUCAGCAGAUUCCAGGGACUUCGUCAGUGGUGCAGAGAAAGUGGAAAUCCCUGCAGUGUUCAGCUCAGGCUGCGGGCCCUGGUGAGUCGGUCAAGAUCAGGACCAGCGCGGUGUCGGCUGAGAUCAAGCAAAUGAAAUCUCGACGGAAAACAGCACGCAUGCUGAUGGUGGUGCUCUUCGUCUUUGCCAUCUGUUAUCUGCCCAUCAGCAUCCUUAAUAUCAUGAAAAGAGUGUUUGGUGCUUUCAAGAACACAAAUAACAGAGAGACGGUGUAUGCCUGGUUCACCUUUUCCCACUGGCUUAUAUACGCUAACAGUGCAGCCAAUCCCAUCAUCUACAAUUUCCUCAGCGGUAAAUUUCGCGAGGAGUUUAAAGCAGCCUUUACCUGCCACUAUACAGGUCGAGGGGAAAAGAAAGAGAGGGUGAGGACCAAGAUGAGCACCGACAGUCAUAAAUCCCUGUCCACACAAGUGAGUCAUUUUGACAAUGUCUCACGAAUCUCAGACCAGGUCAUGUAGCACGGAUCUGCAAGGGUUGGUCUUCACAGCAUUCCACUUCAUUACUGAUUUAUAGGACAAAGCAAAGACAGGUUCAGACUUACUCGAUUGAUAUGCAUCGAAGGUUUCAACGGAGGCUUCAGAUUAUCACCCACACAGAUGGAAAAUGACAUUCUGCCUCGAAUAGGAGACCAAGGAUUAUUUUUCUCCAUGAUAACUAUGCCUUUCAUACAGAAAUCUGGUAAAAGCGCAAUCUGGUAAUGGAUUCAUACUUUUCACAUGCCAUUUUGUUUAUAUCUCAUGAUGAGAGUUGCUAAAAAUGCAAUAGUGUAUAUUUGCCGUUGUACAGUAUUACCUGCUGUAUAGCGCAGGAGCAGCAUGUCUGUACUGUGGAUGAAUUUGCAAAAAACAUGUACUACAAACAUUCUGAUCAGCAGUCCCAUUCUUUGAGUGUUUUUUAAUAAAUAAAUUGUUCCAUAAAUGAAUAAAAUAAUAUGAAAACUCUCAAAUAACCUUAUUUUGUUUCAGUGAGAUAGAGAUUGCUCUCUGCAUUGUGUGCGGUGGUUUUUAAGUCUUUGCACAAGCUUGUAUUAUUCAUUUUUUCACCCUGUCUCGCUUGCUUAUCAUGUGGAGAGAUAUUUGCACCAGAUGCUAUAGCUAUUUGCCGAGGCACAUGUAGGGAUCAGAGGGCAAUCAGAGAAAAACUAGUUGCAGAUUUGAGGAUCUUUGUUCUGCUUUAGUGGACCUCUUAAUUAUGAACACUUUUAAAUGGUAGGGCGUUCAAUUGCUUUCGUAGCAGUGCUUUGUUGUUAGAACUUCUUUCAUGUGCUUUUUGAGUUCUUGCUGCUAACCUUAACGUAAUUACCUUAACGUAAAUGCACUCAUGCGGUACGUCAACAGCAAACUAAAAUGUACAGUAUGAAGAUACUUUGUUGUCAUUGCUCCUCCUUUUUUUAUCUGUUUUAAAUGUCUGAAUUUAAUUAGUGGUGUUUUGUUUUGAUUGCUUACAGUGGAAAAUAACUUAUAAAUAUUGUCAGCAGUGCAUAAUCUAUGUUUAUUUAUAUAGUUCGUUAUAUC